AUGAGCCUCCGGAGAGCUCAGUGUAAGGCUUCAGUGACAGGAACACAAGUGCUGAGGGGGUACGGCUGGAGGAGGCCGCAGCUGGAACCGUCCAAACGUCUGGUCUACAAGAAGAUUAUCAAACCGCUAAUGGAGAAAAGGCGAUGGGACCGUAUUGCCCAGUGUCUGAGACAGCUGAAGACUCUACUUGUAGAUGACCCCGGACAAAGUCACAAGCGUCUUCCUAAUUCUCGUAUGGACAAAGCAGCUGUCUUGGAAAUGACCGUGCAGCGGAUCCAAACCCUGCAACUGGCAGGACUUGCCGAAGUGUCCUUUGGUGCGUGCUCUUCCUCCUCCACCGCAGCAGAGGACAAGGCCUUCCACGCUGGCUACUCGUACUGUGCCUCUCUCGCUCGAGCGUUCCUCUUCUCUGAAACAGGGCAGCAGCCAGAACCUCUCCAUGCAUCAGCCUUAGCAUCCAGCGCCAGUCGUGAGACCACCCCUCCGGCACCCUCAAAGCCAGAAGAGAUCUCCCAAGGGAUUGAAGACACUCUGGGUUCGGCUGGCCUCAGAUGUUUGGCAAGGUCUGUCUGGCCCUCGAUUCCAAACACAGCCAGGCCUCAAUUCUUCUGGAGACCUUGGUCCACCUAAUGCUUUAAAUGGCGGCGGGGGUGGGUGGGUGUUGUUACAGAAAACAUCCUCUGGGAGAUUUUUGGAUCUGGAGCUUGGGGAGGGGAGGGAAAGGACCUAAGCAGGUUAUAAUGCCAUAGAGUCCAACCUCCAACGCAGCCAUUUUCCAGGGAACUGACCUUGGUCAUCUUCUUGACAACCCUUCCUGAGUAUUUAUUUAGCACUGAGAAAAUAUUUUUGGGGAAGUGUGUGUGUUGGUGUCUGUUCAUGUUGGUGUGUGAAGGAAUAUGUUUGGUUUUUUUUAAAAGAACAAUUCUGCUACUCCUCUCCUCCCUCCUCUCUCAAGGUCCUUUCCCCGCUGUGCGCAUAAGCAGCUUUCUCCACAUUUCCUUGCCUGGUUCUGUUUCACACUCUACUUCCUAUCGCUUGCAGGUUUUGAAGUGUUGACAGAGAUGGGGGGAGGGAAAGAUUGUAAAUAAAUUCUUCAACCUCA